AGUUGACAAGAGAUGCGGCAAGUCUAGCGACUGUUGCAAACGGCGUUGACGGCAAUGAAGCUUCUUCGUCAAGCCAAAAUACAUCUGUUGCAGGUAGCAGUAGCUUUCAAUGUGCUUCAUAUCCUUCAACUUCUCGUCCGACACCCUUGUCGACAAGUUAUUCGCAUUUGCGGAAUUACAGUCAAGGAAAAGACAAAAUAAGGAAGGGGAAGCAAGCAGCUCGUUCGGGUGGGUGCAAGGAAAACUGUGCGAGCCGACAUUCAAAGAUGUUUCCUUGUUACCUUCGCAAAAUUGGGGAACUGUACCCAGACUUAAGGCGAAAGCCAAUCUUAUUGAGAAAGGCUUACAAUUGUAUAUUGAUGCUUUGUCUUUUCAGAAGACAUACCAGGAAAGUCAACUCAGGGCGGCGAUAAGCUGUCUAUUUCACGAACGUCUUGUCGACAACCAUGGAAAUGA